UCUGUUCAGACAACAGGGGCACCGCUGAAGAGGAAGAACCGGAGCGGACCGAUCGGGCGCAGUAACACCGAUAUCUGGAUCUGCCGGGACCCGACCCGGGCUGCAGCUCCCACCCCGGACCGGACCGGACCGAACCUCCUCCCCGUCGGUGUGAUUGUUCGCGGAGCCCCAGAGUGGAGAGAAGAUGAAGAAAAGCAACCAGAGCAGACGGGGCGUUCAGGACUCCGGUCCGCUGGCGGUCCAGCAGCCUGAGAAGGUGGGCUGGAUCAGGAAGUUCUGCGGCCGGGGGAUUUUCAGAGAGCUGUGGAGGAGUCGAUAUGUGGUACUAAGAGGAGACCACCUCUACAUCUCUGACAAGGAGGUAAAGGAUGAGCGUAAAGCACAGGAAGUGUUCGACCUGGCUGAUUACGAGCGUUCUGAGGAGCUGAGGAAGGCGAAGAGUCGCAGCAAGAAGAACCACAGUCGCUUCACAGUGCUGCGCUGCAGGCAGCCAGGAAACAACGUACCUAACCUGGUGUUUUUGGCUGUGAGUCCUGAGGAAAAAGAGUCAUGGGUCAACGCACUCAAUGUAGCCAUUAUUAAGGCCAAGAACAGAGUUUUAGAUGAGGUGACCAUCGAGGAGGAAAGUGCUUUAGCUCAUCCCACCAGAGACAGAGCAAAGAUCCCUCAAGGCCGCCGGCUGCCGACCAAAGGACACCUCAUGGCCGUGGCGUCUACCUCCUCCCACGGCAUGUUGACCCUUGACCUGGUUGCAGAGGAGGACGGCUUCUGCCCUGAGUAUGAUGAUGACUUGGAUGAAUCCUGGGAGAACAGCUUCCGGAUUGACCUGCAGAAGGGGGGCUCUGGUGAAGGUGUUGGAGGUCGUCAGCGAGCUGGAACAGAUGUUUCAAAGCUGCGGGUGACUUCCAAAGAGCCCAAGGUGAAGACAGGAAGUCUGCCCAGGGGGAGUGAGCGAUCCUGGGGCAAACAGUCCCAUCUGGAAGCUUCCAAGGCUCACAAGAACCAGCAAGUUCAGGCUAAAUCUCGGACACCACAGCCAGGAAAGAGGUUCAGCAUGCAGGGUCGAAGUCGCUGCGCUUCCAUGGAUGAAGUCCUCUCCUCCAGACCAGCAAUGAUUCGUUCAGAGUUUCGUUCUGCUCUUCGUCGCUGUCCAACUGAGGAGGAAGCAGGGGGCGGAGCUGCAGCCCAGCCUGUCGGUCAGCUGCAGAGCCUCAUUGCUCAGAGGAUGCAGAGAGCUCAAGAGCUGCUGGAGGAGAUGAGACUGCAGGAGCUGCAGAAGGCCAAGGCGGAGAGGGAACGAGGCGGCAGUUCAGCUUACAUGAAGGGUAUCGACUCCCCUCGACUCCAUCACCUCAGGGGCUCUGACUCUCCCCAUUCCAGCAGGUCAUCGGGAUCUCCGAGGAGCAGGAGUAGUGAUUCUCCUCGCCUCCGGGGCAAAGACUCUCCUCGUAUGAGAGGACGAGAAUCUCCUCGAUCUAAAGCAAAAAAGAAUCGCUCAAAAGGAACCGACUCGCCACGCUCCAGGGGAUCCAACUCACCUGCAGCUAAAGCCACAGACUCUCCUCGACUGAAAGAUUCACCUCAUCUGAACGGCUCUCCUCGACAGAAAAGUUCUGACAUAGUUUACUCACCAAAACUCAAGGGAUCGUCCAGCAACUCUUCCAACAAACAAAACAACUCCCCUGUACAGAAGUCCCCUGAAUCGUCUCCAUGCAUCAAAGGAUCUGAGUCCUCUCAGUUUAUAGGAUCCGAUUCACCACGAGGCAGCGAAACUGGCUCCCCUCAUUCAGAGAGCAAGAAGGAGUCUGCUUGCCAUAGUCAGGACUCCCCAACUGCGUCCAGAUCCUUUGAUUCAUCACAGCCCAAAACCACUGAGAAGCAUCGCCUGUCCCCUCCUCCGUCUGCCUUGCAGCUGUCAGAAGAGGACUUGGAGGUGGAGAAGAGGAGAGCUGAGGCAGAACGCCUCCUGGAGGAGGCUGUGUCAUCGUGGAAAGAAGCGCAGGAGGUUCUACAGGAGGUGAAGGAGCUGCAGAGCCAGACGCUGAGACGGCAGCGUAGGAGGACCUAUGAGAAGAUGACAUCGUCAGCAGCAGCAGCUGGACUGCCCACAGGGACCUCAGCAACAGAAGAAGAUGACACGCCCGCCUCCCCAACAUCACCUGAGGAUGACGACGAAUCUGAAACACCUUGAUGAGGAUUUUCUUGCAUACAAAUAUCUAUUCAAUUAUUGAAUUUUCUCAGUGGAGGUAGCAGCGUUUUUCAGCAUGCUAAUGCACAGAAAAAGACAAGAUUUGCUUCAUUUGGAAUUUUUCCAAAUCUAUUUGUGAAAUGAUUUUUAUCUUUCAAAAAAGGAAUGACGGAUUGCACGUAACCACCUCCGUAAAUAUGGAUUUAAAAAAAAAACAAAAACAAACAAACAAAAAAAGAAAAAACAGUGAAACCGUUCUUCCGAGGAGGUUUGAUGACUUUAAUCCUUCAUAGUGCACUAUACCGUCACCGAGCAAAAGCCCUCUCACUUGUGCUACCCAUUUAUUCCAGGAAGCCUCCCUAUAUGGCAGAUGGGUCACAUUUGUUUUCAGCAAACACAGAUUUAAUGGAGAGGCCCUCCCUUUCACCCCCUCAAACAGCGCUGCACAUUGUUUUUUUAGUGGAAAGUGAAGCAAAAAGCCUCACUGUUGAUGUCAAAGAUGGUUUUUAGAAUGGAAGUUUUGGGUACAUUUUUUUUCAAACAAAGAUGUCAACAUUUAUACAAGAAAAAACUUUUAAAUAUGGCAAAAACGUGUACCAUUGAAGAGCACUAUGUUUCCUAAGACCACAAACAGGGAGAUUUGCUGCAAAUUUCUUCUUUUUAACAUAAAAAAAAAUCCUGAAAAAUGGACUUCCAAUAUCAACAGUUAUUGUUAUUGAGAUUUUAUCUAUUUAUUUGCUAAUAUAGGUUUAAGUCAUCUUUGUUAAAACAAUCUCAUUAAUUGCUGGCUUCCAGUUUUGUUGUAGCCCUCCACAUGUGUCCUAAAAUGUCCUUUCAGCUCACUGCUCAUGUUUUUUACAAUUACAGUGAGUUUUCUCAAGGUGCAGCCGAAAUCAGGGAUUUUAAUGUUGUACACAGUGAAGAGAAAACAGCAAUAAUGAACAUGGAGAAAAUGUUUACUUGUUUAUCGUUGAAACAGACGAGCUUCAUGUUAUAAAUUCUGCACUAUGGACUGAACUCCUUUUCAAGAAUUUCGCUUCACUCCCUUUUUUACUGUGAUUAAAAAACAACACAAAACAAUUAAGCAUUUUAUCCUGAAACUGAAAUCACGAGGAUUUCAUUUGCACUGAAGUAAUCUGACAGAUGUUGGAUAUUUGAGGAUGACACCUUAUUUGAAACACCCAACAACAACGCAUGGUUUCUUUUCAAUAAAUCCUCAUAAAACUUUUAAUAUGUUCAGGAAAAUUUUUGUUGGAUGUUGUUUUCAUAGAAUUAUAAUUUAGAUGUGGGGAUGUAAACAUUUUACAUCAAUAAAAUUAAAACUAACAUCUCACACAUGAACCAGAAGUGACUAAAUUAGUGACAAAUGAGAACAUAUAACUGUUAGUGAUGAAAAAACUCAUGUAUCCUGAAUUAAACAGCAAAGCACACAAUUUCAGAUCUGACAGACCCAAGUAUUAUUUAUGAAAUUUCAGUUCCAUGAAUAUGCAUGAAAAUGUUCGGUCAUGGAGAUUAAAGUGCAUCCUCUUGCAGUUCUACGGUUUUAAGUAUGAUGACACAAAUAAAAUAUCUAGGUGCAAAGCAAAUCUCAUUCAUGUUUGGUCCUGGUUGCGAGGCAGCUGAAAAGCUAUCCGGGAAGUAACUCCUUUUUAUAGCUACAGACUUGGAUACAGGACUGAUCUGUCAAGCUACCAAGAGGAAAGCACUGGCAUGACAGGAAAUCUCAUGGCAAGAUGGAGUUUGGAGGGUAUGGGCUCAUCCAGGAGCUGUGACUGCUUCCAGCUCUAUUUUGGCCUGAGUAAUUUGACAGCCUGUUGGGGAGAAGCUUACAAAAAAUUACAACCAACUUCAGGCAGCCAUCACUCUAUGAAAUGUUUGGCAGACAUGAGUCUGAGUGCCUCAGACUGGAUGUGUCAUUAUACAGUGCUAUUACAGUCAUUGAGACAACUGCCAAACGAAAUAUUCUAACGUCAGUUCAGCAUCUAAAGCUUGGCUCAUAGUUGGUCAUGCAAUGGGACAAUAAUCCCAAGCAUUUUGUGAAAUUGCUGCAGUUAAGCAUUGCAGCAAAUUAAAAAAAAUGGCCAUAAAAGUAAAGAAUCAAGGUGUUGCAAAGUUCCAAAGUCCUGACCUAGUGGUAGGAGCUUAAGGGAGCUCUGCAUUAAUGAACUGCAAUUGAAGCAAUCUAAUAAAGAGUGGUACACAAUUCCUCCACACUGAUGUGAGGGGCUGAUAGCAUAUUACCACGUGAUUACUUCAAGUUUUUGGUGAUGUAGUUGGUUGUACAAGUAGUACUUAAUUCUUCCCACAAUGCUUUAGCAUUUCAGUUUGUUCUUGUUAAUUAGAUAAUGACACUAAAAUAUGCCUUAUGUUGUCGUUCAUUCAGGGUUUAGCUCAUUUUAAAACCUUUCAGAUUCAGAUUCCUUUGUUGUCAUUGUAUAUUUAAGUGACCAGGAAAUUCUUUUUAUGUCCUGAUAAGUAAAACCUUGGAACUGAAAGAGGAUCUACCUUCUUUUUUAACAUGGCAGUAUGUUGCUAACAGGAUGAAACUUGAUGCAGACAUGAAAGCAGGUGGUGAAAUUCCUGUGUCAUGGACAUGAAAAACAAAAUUACAAGGUUGCAGAUGGGCUGCUGACAAAUUUUUUACACAUGAACAAAUUAAUAUGUCACAUGAGCUGUGUGACAAGUGUUGGCAAACGUGACAAAAGUGGCGUGUAAUAGAUAUAAAUGGCCCAAUUUAAAUAUUGUAGAUGGGAUUAGAGAUGAUAAACUAUACACAGAUCAGCUUAAAUGUAUUAUUUGCUUAGGAAUGUCACUAAUGGUGGAGUUAAAAAAUAUAGAACGGCCAUUCUAUUUGGUUUGUCCUCUCUGGGCUACUGUAGUAACAAGGCAGAUCAACAUAGCACAGGGAUGAUGAGGCCUACUUACUAUAUUUUUUGACAAAUUGCUUGUUUUGUGGUAGUUAAAACACACUCAUACUCAUAGUCACGCAAUUCAACACUACUUAAAACCUAGCUAUGAAUAUUAUAUUUUGUUUUUGCUAAUAGAUUGCCUUAAAUGUUACACACUGGAUCUUUAAAUAUGUUUUUCAAGAGUGAGAAAAUGUGCUUGGGUCAUUUUAUAAAGAUCAACUUCAGUUUUACCUUGUGAGCAAAUUUAAUUUAAACUACAAUUAGAAUGACAUUGAAAUGACUUUCUUUUUGAUUGAUAACAUGAUAUAUAUAAAAAAGAAAAAAGUAAAAGCCACAUCUGCACUGAGAAAAUACCUGCAAGUUUAAUUAUAUGGUAAACUCAGUAAUCAAAGAAAUAUAAAAUGCUCAAAAGAUAUUAGAACUGCUGAUGUUUUGUUUGGUUUAGAUAUCAGCUGAUAAAUAGAUAGAAAUAAACUGACUCUGCUUAAAAUAACAGUUUUUAACACACAAAAAAAUGGACAUCUGAGUUUCUGUUGGUUGCUGGUGUCACAACAUUUGACCCGUUUUUUCUCCAGUAGGGAUGUUUUUGCACAUUUGUCAUGACUGUUGAGAGCAUGCAUACGAAGACACUGACACUGAAAGAGCUAAAUCAUUUAACAGAUUCUUUGUACUGUGAUUUACAUUGAUGAGAGGAUGUUGAAAAAAUUGUAUUUAUUUUUAUUUAUUUUAAUGUGUAUGCACAUGUGAAACAGCUUUUAUGAGCAGAAUCCAAUGCUGUAUUCAUUGUUAAUAUGAGAAAACAAAUUACAUUUAACUUCUUUUGUUUGCUGACUUUACUUGACUGUACAUGUAUUUGUUGAUGUUUUUGAAUAAUGUUUGAACUACUGCGUUCAGCAAUGCAUUGUGCGUAAAUAGUGGCAAAACAAACACUGUUAUUUACUGUCUGGAUGGAUCCAGAGCUCAUUGUUUCAUGCAAACCAAGCCAAGCUAAGCUAAACUGUAUUUGGGUGUGUCACGAACUGGUGCGAGUUGCUGACUGAUGUGUGUUGCAUAUGCUCAAAUAAGACUCCUGCAUGGGCCAUAGAAAUAAUAACACCUGGACUUCCAAAUCUACAAUAACAUUUUCAAUUCUUAACCUUUUUUUUUUUAAAAUAAAAUAAAUUUGUGCUCAUAAUAAACAUGGGAAAAAGAAGUCAAGCUAGUUAUUUUGAGGAGGUUAGUCAAUGUAUGCAGAUUAAAUGAAUCUUCUAAAUAGCCACAACUCAAUGUGGGCCAUUUAUAAACAGCAUUUAGAAUUUAGUAAAUUAGGUUGCCAAAUAUAUAUAUAUAUAUUAAGCAGACUCCUGCAGGCUGAAUACCAUUAUGCAAACCAUGUCACAAUCAUUUACCUGAAAUAUUUUAUUUAUAUAUUUAAUAGUUGCUAUUAAAAUGGUAAAGGUUUGUCAUAGAGGUGAUUAAAAAUGCCAUUAAUCACUGAAUUUAAUACUGGUAUAAAGGUUCAAUUUAAGUGACAUUCAUGUCUCACAACAGGCAGCAACUCAUCAGAUAGUGAUAGGGUGAAAGCUUUCGCCUGCUCUGGCAUGUACACGCAGGUUUAUGGUCAUUUUAACAUGCUGAUGCAAAAAUGUUUGGGUUAAAGUGACUCAGAUCAGGUGGAUGCCUCUCAUAGCACAGGCUACAGGUUUUUCUUGUUUGAAUAAAACAGUCUUGAAAGUAAAAGUUAAGACCAGUGUGUGUGUUAAAUUUGCUAUUAACUGGUGAUGGAAGUUGCUGUGUUGACACAGCUCAAAAAAAAAAAAAGAAAAAAAAAAGAAAAAUAUUAUUGGUACAGUUUUUCCUUCACCAAUAGAUGGGUUUCUGUGCAAGAGGUGCCCAGCAGGCAAAAAGCAUUGCUUAGCUUGGUUUGUUUGGCAGAACCAAGCUCAGAAAUGACAGCAGUUUACUUAAAAUAUCACCUAAAAGGAUGGAUGGAAAUGAUUCAGAAUUAAUUUGCUAAGAGCAGAAGAGAAUUGUAGAUCCAGGUCAAUUGAAGAACUGACAAGGAUCUGCAAAUCCCAAAGGCAGAAGUGUAAUUGCAGUGUUAACUUUGUGCAUCAAAGCACAAAGAGCAUGCAUGCUAGGAUUCUCCUGCACGCAAAUUUUAUUGUGUAAAAACACUCAGUGAUAUUCUCAGUGACAUGUAUAAGGCCAUAUUGCUCAUUAGGAAAACAGCUAGCUUGGUCUAUGCCACUUUUGUUUUUAAAUUUUUUGGAAAUCUGUAUCAAAAGUCCUGAACUCUGAAAUGUUGUUUCAUGAUUGCAAUCUUUAACAAUAAGCCUUUGCACUUCCUGUGUGUUUGGGCCUAAUAAUGUAGUAAUAAAGAAUUGAGACAGAAUAAAUUAAUAACAAGGGUUUAAAAAGACUGAUAAAUUCAGGAAGUACUUGUGAAAAUGAAUUAGUCUUUUUUUAAAUCACUUUAUGUGAGGCUAAUAAGUUAGCCAAGCAAAUUCAUUUCCUGAAGCUAGAAGCUGUCAUGCUAAGCUAGCUAGCUAGACAACAGAAAAUUGUUCGCACACUCUAAACAAUUUACCCAUUCACACAUAACACAAAAUAUCCCUUUCAGACAUGUUUUCACAAGUAGUAAUAGUACAGAGUAUCCAGAUUAGUUUUUUAUUAGAUUAGUUUACAGCUAAUUUGGCAGACCAACAGUUUUCACAUACUUUUUCAACAUAUUACUGCAAACUGCAAGCAAAAAAUAUCAUACUUGAUCAAUUUAAAAUACACUUGCCUUUACUAGAUAUAUUUACUUAGUUGCUCAUUCAUGCAUUAUCUGGACUUAAUCUGGACUCCCUGCAGGCCCUAGCCCUCAUCACACGCUGCCCCUCCAUGUAAUGUCUUUAAAAAUUGAGGAUGACACGGCACGAGUAAAACUACUAAUGCAUUACUGCUAAUGCAAGUGAAUAUAGUUAGAUUCCUUAGCAAAAAGUAAAAAAACAGGUAUGGAAUAUGUCACAGGUUGCCUCAGAGAGACAUGCACAAUGCAAACUCUCACCAGCGAUUAGGUUCCAGUUUUUAAAAACUAAUUAUCUAUAUUACAACCAGCUCCAAAGAUAAUUGUUAAUUGUAAAGAUUUUUUUAUUGUUUGUAAUCACCAUAAUCACCAUAUCUGUCCCACUGGUUUAUGUGUGCUGCAGGUGAUGUUUCUUAUUUUUUGUGCACGUGUGUCCAUAAGGAAGUUGAGCCUCCAUACUGCUACUUCUCUCCACGUCAACACAGACACUCAGAGAGUGGGUCAAUGAGCAGUGGUGAAGAGCUAAACAGAUGUAGGGCAGGACAAACAGCAUUGCUCCAUUACACAGCUCCACCUCCACAGCUACACACACUAACACCCACUCUAAGGCAUCAGUCUGUGUCUGUGAUUGUGUAUGCAUGCAAGAGCAUUUCUUAAUGACUAAUCUGCUGCCAUUAUGUGAGCUGCAU